AUGGUCACCGCUGAUUGGAAUCUUGCGUUUAAUUCUGGAGGUAAAUUGCUUUCCAGAGGUCAUGUGAUAACUCCAGAUGGAAAAUUCGCCAUAGCUAUCUUCAAAACUCAUCUCAGAGUGUAUUCUCUUUCAACAAGGCAGAGUAUACGGAGCAUCAAAUUAAAUAGAGAUCUUUCCGAUGUAGUUGACUCCAAAUUAAGCAAUGCUAAUUCCUGUUUACUUUAUUUGUUCACUUCCUCGAAUGAAAUAUUGGCUGUGAACUGGAGGGACAAAUCCCUAACCAAUGCUAUAGUGAAAAACUAUUCUGUUAAAACCAUUGAAAGUGAUGGAAAGAACAGCUUUGGCCAGAUUCUUAAAUUGGUCAACUUUAAUGACAAGGAAGAUGAGUUUCUUCUGAUAUUUGGAAAACCAACAACAUCUUUGCAUUCCGCACAUUCUCGUUCUUUGAUCAAGAUCUCCAUUAAAGAAGAAGUCUCUUCUGAAGAGUUAGCAACUGUCGAUAAUGUUCUUCUUUUCAAUAAGUCCACUGACGGAAAGAGUCUUGUCUUUGUUACUAAUACCAGUGACGUGUACUAUACAUCCUUGGUAGAAUCUGAAAAUCAAGUUCAAGUCAAUCUACAUCAAAUACCAUUUGCUUAUAAAAGUACCAUUUGCAGUGUAGCCAUUUCGAAUGGUGAAGCACCAAUGGCUGCUCUCGGAACUGUUUCUGGUGUGAUUCAGCUACUAUAUCUAACUUCACACAGCGAGCAACGACUCCUAAAAUGGCACGUUGAUCAAGUUAAAGCGGUUGAGUUCAAUUCUGAUGGUAGCUACCUCAUUUCAGGUGGUAUAGAAAAGGUGUUAGUGUUUUGGCAACUUGACACUGAAAAGCAGCAAUUUCUUCCUAGAUUAAAUGGUUGCAUCAAUCAAAUAACCAUUGAUGAUCGUAUUGGUCAACUCUACGGAAUUACCUUAGAGUUGUCUGACGGAAACACAUCAGACGAAAAGUAUAUGGAGUUUCUUGUACUUAAUGCUCUUGAUCUUUCCUCAAAGUUGGAUGUCAACGGCCUCAGACCUCACUUUUCCACAAACUUAGAUAAGACUAUCCAAAGAGAUGAUCGCAGAAUGAAAAAACUGGAUAUUCAAUUGGAUGAGGAAAGUCUAACGAAGAUCAGACAUAACUUUACGACCGAUUUUGAGAUUCAUCCUACAACUAAAUCCAUGUAUUUACCCUCAGGAGCUCGUAUUCAAGUCUAUGAUAUUGUGAAAAAUGAUCAAGUCUUUGUCACUACUAUGGCCCGAACUCUUCAACAAGGUAAAGUGAGGAGCGAAACGUCUAUCCAGGACCCCAGUAUUGAUCAUUUUGCCUUUACUCAAGACGGUAAUUGGAUGUGUACAUUCGACAAGUUAGCUACACCAAAGUUGGACCAUCUCAUGUCUGAGAACGAUGUGAAGUAUUCACUUAAGUUUUGGAAAUAUAUAGCCAGCUCAUCUACGUCCUUGUCGGACAACCCGCACUGGGAACUCUGCACCAAAAUAAUUGAUCCGCAUGGAAGCUCUGUUCCAAUUGCAUCAAUUAUUUCUGCCCCGGUGACAUAUUGUGGAGGUUUAGCCUUUGUUACAGCAGAUACCAAAGGUGGACUCAGACUCUGGAGACCAAGAAUCCCCAAAGAGAUAUAUGCAAAGCUAGGAAAUAAGAAAUUGGAGCAAACCGCUUGGACUUUGAGAAAGUUUAGGAGCGGCAAUGGUCGUUUGGAGACCACAAGUAUUGAUAUAUCCUGGUCUGGAGAUGCUUCUGUCAUCGUUGUGGGUCAGGAAAAUGCCAUCACAUUGGUGGAUGUGAACAACUUUGAGGAAAUUAAAGAAACACCCUUACCAUCUCUAGCAGAUGGCCGUAUAAGAGCUCUGAAAAUUGUCGGUUACAACUUGAUAAUGCUUACUAAAGAAAGACUGAUCUCUUUCAAUUUGCUUACCUAUCAGAUAAACCAGCUUUGUGUGAGAGUCCAUAGUCCGAUUGGAGGUAAAAGUUUAUUGGCGGUGGAUGAUGAUAGAAACUUGGUUUGCUUCUGUGUGAAUUACUAUUCACAUUCAGACCAGACACAGGAAAGCAGCUCUUUAACAUAUCCACUACGGUCUCGAAUCUUUGUUUUUGAGCCGUCUAAGUUGAAACCAGUGUACAUUGCCGACCAUUCAUCACCUAUAUCAUGCGUGAAGUAUUCAAAAGGACAUUCUGGAUUUGUUCUCCUUGACAUAGACGCUAAAGUGGGUAUUCUAAACGCUGUGACAAGCAAAUUCUUAUUUGAAGAAGAGGAAAAGAAACAGUUGGAUAAGGCUUACGAGAUGAAUACAUUGCUAAGCAAUGCCCAGAUAGUGGCCAAGGUCGCAAAAGAAUCAGCCAACAAGUCGGUGAGUACUAUUGAAGACGACGAAGAGCUAUUCACUCGUAGAACUCUUAAUCCGGAUUCUUUGGAACCUGUUCUUGAGAAUAUGGAAGGGUUGUCAGUGGAGGCAUUGUUUGAUAGAGUGAUGAACCUCUUGUAA